AUGAUGUGCAACCUCCACGUGGUAAUUUGCUGCAUGGCCCUCCGGAGCGCACACUGCGGUAAGACCUUUCUAGAGAAUGCAGUAGCUGGAGUGAGUGCGCCCACUGCGUAUUGCUCCACGUCUACUGUUCGUCGAAAAGAUCGAUGCUGUCACUCCAAAACAAGAGAGUGCCUAGAGGAAGAUGGGACGAAACAUAGUCGCACAGUUCCUGACGUGCAUGGAUGGCCGAUUCCACCAUACCUAUCAGCGUUGACAGGCGCAGCGGGCGUUAUCGCCGUCAAACGCAUCUUCAAACAACUCACAGACGGCACGCUCGUCCUUCCGGAGGCACCAAAAAUAUCGGCCGAGAUACCCGCAAUUCAGUGGAUCCGCCACCAACGCUCCCAGCCGAUACUACACCAACAAUUUACAAAAGCAAUAGAUGAUACGAAAGAAGCAUAUGAAAAAGGGACGAUACACGGUGGGAGGAAAUAUUGA